AUGAAUUGUGUCAAAUUAACUAAAAUCACAUUCAAGAAAGAUUUGACAUCAUUAUGCUCAUACGCUUUCUUCAAUUGCGAGAAACUCCAAGAGAUUGUCAUUUCCAACAAACUCGAAGUCUUUGGCACACAUUGUUUCGAAGGAUGCACAAGUUUGACAAACGUUCAUUUACCAGAUUCAAUUCUUUUCAUCAAAGAGAAUUCAUUCUGCGAUUGCCACAACUUAGAACAGAUCAACAUCCCAGCAAACAUCAUGGGCAUUGAAGAUUGCGUAUUCCAGAACUGCUACAAACUUAAAUCAGUUUCUAUUCCUGACAACAAACUCAAGUCAAUUGGAAAGUUUGUUUUCAGAAACUGCACAUCAUUGACAGAGUUUAAGUAUCCAAACUCAAUUUCCAUUGUCAAAUUGACAACAUCAAUAUUCGAAGGAUGCACGAGUUUAUCCAAAUUCACAUUCCCAACAAGUAAUUUCGAUGAACUUCAAUCCAGAUGCUUCGCUUUCUGCCCAUUCACAUCAAUUGAAAUUCCUGAUUACGUAAUGACAAUUGCUUGUGACAGUUUCUACGGAUGUGACAAACUAAGUGAAGUUAAGAUGCCAAUCAUCUAUUAUCACUUAGAAAAGUCUCCUUUUGAAUCAUGCCCAUUGACAAAGUUGACAUUCAUUUCUUGCAAGUACGGAAAGAAUGUUUUGCCAAGUGGUUUAUUGGCAAACUUACAGUCAUUGACAGAGAUUUCAUUUGUUUCUGACAAGGUUGUUUUCGAGGCUGGAUUCUUAUCAAAGAAUACAGUUAUCAACACAAUCAGAAUCAAAUCAAAUGAUAUCACAUUUGAUGACAACUCUUUCCAGAAUUGCCAGCAAAUUAAGACAUUAGAAAUCAAUGGCAAUGUUAAGAGAAUCGGAAAGAACGCUUUCGAAGGAACAAACAUCUUCAAAGAUCUCAUCUUAAAUGGUGAUGAUUUGAUCAUCGAUGAAUCAGCUUUCUUGAAUGUCGAAUCCAUCGAAAAAGUUACAAUCAAUGGCAAAGUUAAAGUCAUUGGUGAUUCAUCAUUCAAAGGCGUUAAGAACAUGAAGGAAUUCACAGUUUCCGGUGAAGGCGAAAUCGAAAUUGCAAACCACGCAUUCUGCUCUUGCGUCAACAUGGCAUCAUUCAAUGCUGAAGGAAACACAUUGAAUGUUGGACCAUUUGUCUUCCAUGACAACUAUGCCUUGGAGACAGUCAAAUCAAAGGGAAUUGUCGCUCUUGACAGGGCUUCUUUCGCUAACUGCACGAAGCUUCAAAACUUCGAACUCUAUAACAUAUCAGUAAUUCCUGAUAAUUGUUUCGAAGGAUGCCAGAAUCUCAAAGAUGGAGAAUUCAUUUCCAAAGUCGCUGUAUUUGGAAAUUACUCAUUCUUCAACACAAAUCUCAAAGAGCUUUCAAUCAAAUCUCCAGAAUCAUGCUUCGGAGAUUUCGCAUUUUCUAAAUGUUCUCAACUUGAGAAAGUUGUUAUCUCAAGUAACCAUUCAACAUUUGGAAAGAAGUCAUUCAGCGAUAACCAGAAACUCGUGCAGUUCUAUUAUUGCGGAAAUGAAACUAAUGUAGAUGAUGAACUUCUUUCAGGAUCAAAUGUUACAAUUGUUUACAUUUCUGAUCAAUUCAAGAAAGAUAAGUUCGCUGGAGUCAGUGUUCAACAAAGCGAUGUCUGCGUUACCAGUGGUGGUGGAGGAGAUAACAGCAAAGACAAUAAGACAAAGAUUGCAAUUAUCUCAGGAGUUGCAGUCUUCAUUGUCGUCGUAAUCUCAACAAUUGUUGUUGUCAUGUUAAUCCGCCGCAAGCGUAAAUAUGGCAGCCUUGCAACAUCAAGUAUCCCUCUGUUAACUAACACAGAAUCAGCAGAUGGAUUAAUCAACGUCGCAUAA